AUGGCUGACGGUGUCAAACUCUUCAACGUCAAGGUUUUGGACUGGAAAGUCCUUGACUUGUGCCUUGAUAUCUUUGAUGAGACUUGUCGGGAAAACAUCACAGACCUGUGUCUAUACUCAAGCGGAAAUCGGGCAGUAAUCAGUCAUUGGUUUAGCCCUACUGGCUUCAAGUCGUUCAAGAACCUCGAAACCGUCAAGAUCUAUCUCAUCAAGGAGACUUGCACCACUGCCCACCGUAAUGCGGUGUAUCGUGAGUUGAUAAAUAGGAUCGACCCGGAGGAUGAGCACCCCUCAAUCUACCCUCAGCGAAUCUUGCAGAGAGGAUAG